GGAGGACAGCAGCAACUUCCAUCUAUUGAACAAAUCUGAAGCUGAAGUGAAGAGUAAGAUAUUUCAAAUUUUUUGUAAUUGGGAACCCUAAACCCUAAAACCUUUGACUCUCCUCAAUUCCUUCGACAUGAGUAUGACCCAAUUUGCCAUGGUUGAGGAGUUGGCUUUUCUUGUCAAGGACAAUCUUUCUUGCAAACAUCUAGUUCUAACAAUGGAAGAAGUCUUGGUUAACUUUCUUCAGGAUGAUCACACUAGAUUUCAGGGAAAACACAAUCACAACACUGUUGUAUCAUGGAGCUUGCAGAAAACAUCAUCAAGGUCGUGUGUUGUGGCUGCAUGUUGUGUCAUAGAUAUGGUGUUGUGGGUGGGUGUAAUCCGAGGAGGCAGUCAGGUUUUCAGCUUUUUCUGAAAGCUGGAGUCUAUGGAGACAGGGUGGAUCUGGUUCUGCAAGGGGUGUUGAAAGUUCUGUGUGCUUGAGUUUGGAGAAAUGAAAUCAAAGGGGGCUGGGUUUGGUUUGCAUUAAUCAUAGGAGAAGGCUAUAUAGUUCAGAUGGGAUCUUGGAAUUGGAGCCAAUGAACUCUUACAACCGUCUUCUCUUGCAUCGCCUUGCUGAGAUAUUUGGGUUUGCACAUGGAUCUGUUGGUGAAGGAGAUGACCGUCAUUUGAUUCUGGAGAGAUGUCCAGAUACAUCCAUACCUCCAAUCCUUGUUAGUGAUAUCCUAUGGAAGUACGAUGACGAACCUCAAUCUUUGGUUACUUCCCACCAAAUAUUAAGGAGAAGCGAAGCCUCUUCAGUCUCGCAGACAAACAAAACAUCCUUUUCAAAGUCAUUGGAGGAGAGGAAAGCAGCUUAUUUAGUUGCUCGUGAGCGAAUUUUCUCUAUGAAGUUGGAAGAGGCAAAAGAGCCUGGCGAACAAAAACCUCGGAGUGUGCCUGUGGUUGCACGCAGAAUGAUUGCUCAUGCACUGGGUCAAAGAAUUCAUACAAACAAUCAGAAUGGCUUGGCUAGUGACAAUAUGAAUGAUGGAGGCCUCAAAGAUGAAUUGAAUGCUCGAGAUAAGAGCAGUGAAGUGUCCAAUCUCACCAAAGAUUCUGAAGAGAUUUUAUGCCUAAGAAGGAAUCCAAACAACAGAAUAAGAAACAGUAGCAGUUCUAAUGCGUCCUCAAAUGAUAAAAGGAAUGAUCAAACACCAGUUCACCAAGAAUUCCCUCUGUUCUCUCAAGAUACAAAACAAGGGCAAACUGUAAAUAAAGACCACAUGAAAAAGGAGCACUUGGGAGCUGCAAAGAGAAUGUUUGCACAUGCUUUAGGAGUGCAAUCUGGGAAGGAUGGUUCAGUUCCUAGAAAUAGAAUUGGAGAAAUAAAGAAGAAUUAAGCUGAGAGGGUUGUGGCAUAUUUAAACAGAAUGAUAUUCUGUUGCCCCAAAUGGACCUCUUACUAGGUGCUUUCCCGGUUUCAAAUUUCAAUCACAAUGACGAAGAUGAGUAAUGAGCUUUCUUUACUCAGGAGAUACAUGCAAAGGACUAUCGUAGUAUUAUGUUGGUUGCUUAGCUCUUCUGUGACUGCUGCUGGAGUAACUUCCCUAGCAGCCAAGUCAAAGGGCAUCAUGAAAGCACUGUCGAGAAUGAAGUGCGACCUGUUUUGGUUAUGUUCGAAGAUGAAUGAACAGGCUAUGGUGCUUUGGCUCGUCAGCUAUGUGUUGUUAGACAUGCAGUUCUAGUUUCAGACUAUGUUUAGUUUGUUCUGUGAAUGUGAUGAUUUUCAUUAUGGCUGUUCCCAGGGCCAGGGGCAAUGCUUGAUUUCCUCUAUCAUGGAGGGUCCUGUGUAUAUAAUACUUAAAAUCGUAAAUUUAAUGUGUCAUGCUUAGAAAUUCCAAA